CACCAAGGCAUCUGUGUGACUUCCCUCACAAUUAUCCCUAUCAGACAGCAAAUCUCAGAGCUACCAGCCCAGUGCUGAGCUCCAACGACACCACAUCACCAUGGCAAACAGUCAAGACCAGGAUGCUGAACAGGUUGUUCCUGAUGAAGGUGCAGACAACGAUGUCAGAUCUGUGCAGGCUCGAUACCUGCGCAGUCCAUCUCCCAGCAGCUUCUCAAUGGUAUCAGACGCAUACACAGAGAGCAUCUUUAUGGAACCUAUACACCUGUCAUCUGCUAUUGCUGCCAAACAGAUCAUAAAUGAAGAGUUGAAACCCAAAGAGUUAAAGGUAGACACUGCGUGCCCUGGGUUGCUGGAGUCAGCUGAACAGCUUCUUGUUGAAGAUCUAUAUAACCGAGUGAAAGAGAAGAUUGAUGACAGAAGCUUAUUCAAUACUCCAUGUGUAAUGGAUAUACAGAGGGAUCUGAUGAUGGACCGAAUGGAAUCUCCCAUGAAUUCUGUAGAUGAGGUCUGGCCCAACAUCUUCAUUGCUGAGAAGACUGUAGCUGUAAACAAAGGUCGUCUGAAGAGAAUGGGAAUCACCCACAUCCUAAACACGGGUCAUGGCACCACGGUUUUCACUGGGCCAGACUUCUACACUGGCAUGGAGAUUCAUUACAUGGGCGUGGAAGUGGAUGAUUUUCCAGAUUCAGACAUCUCAAAAUUCUUCCGACCUGCUGCUGAAUUUCUGGACGAGGCUCUCCUCACCUACAGAGGUAAAGUUUUAGUAAACAGUGAGAUGGGUAUAAGCAGACCAGCAGUCCUGGUUGCUGCUUAUUUAAUGAUCUUUCACAAUAUGACUAUCAUGGAAGCCCUGAUGACAAUACGCAAGAAACGUGCAAUUUAUCCCAAUGAUGGAUUUCUUAAACAGCUGCGAGAGUUUAAUGAGAAUUUAUUAGAAGAAAGAGAAAUGUCAGAUAUAGAGGAAGGCGAUGAUGAUAACAAAAGCCAAGGGUCUGUCAUUGAAGCUAAGGCACAUUCUAUAAUGGUGGAAGAAGAGGACGUUGAAAGCAUAAUGGGGGCUAAAGUUCACUCUAUUACUGUUGAGGAAGAAGACACUACUAGUAUUAUGGGCAGUGUAAUGAGUCAAAUAGGAAAGUCGAGUGUUAUUUCUAAGCAGCCAACGCUUAUUGAUGAAGAUGAAGAAGAAAGGAUAUAUGAGGAAUGGAGAAGAAAACAAGGACUUCCACCAAAGGAUAUACCAAAGAAGGAAAAUGGAUUAGACAAGAGACUUGCUGAAGAUGGAGAAGUGAUGGAAGAUCAAGUGGAACAGAUGAUUCACGAGUGGCAACGUCAAAAUGCUAAAUACCAGUCACUAGGGCUUGAUGAUGAUGAAAACUCUCUGAUGGGACCAAGGUGCUAUUCUCCAAGUGAAAUAAGUGAUAUAGAAAGUGUAACCUCUCAGGAAAUAAGAGCAUUGAAGAAGCAACUUGAAGCAAGUGGUAUUAAUAGAAUGAGCAGGAGGCGAACUGACUCAGUAUCUACAGACAGCACUUGGGAUAUGUGGAAUCAGAGGCUCCAGGAAAUUGAAAAGGAAGCUGCAGAAAAAUAUCAAAAUAAAGACAGGGAUGACCAUGGUACUAAAAACAGAGAGAAAGACAUAGAUGAGGAGAGUGUUUUCUCAGAAACAAACUCACUGUAUAACUUUUGUAAAAAGAAUAAAAAUAAACUAACUCCACUAGAAAGGUGGAAAAUCAAAAGAAUACAGUUUGGAUAUCAUAAGAAAGAUUCACAGUCUUCUGAUAUGCAAAACAAAGAAGAGAAUGCUGGACAAAAAGAAGAUGAUGAAACAAGUAAAUCUGAUGUUGACGUAAAAGCUUACCAAGAAUGGAAAACCAAGCAUCAACAGAAAAUAGGUAAUGAAAACAAAGAGGAGAUUGUGGAACUUGCAAAAGGGGAAGACAGCGCAUCAAUUAAACGGAAGCAGAGAAGAGCAGAGAUCCUAGAACGUUCAAAGCAGACUUUAGAGGAGAGCCAGUCAAUUUGUGGAUGGGAAACUGAGAGUGCCAUUAGUGGUAGCAUCCCACUAUCUGCAUUGUUUUCCAAUUUACCUUCAGCUAGCGGAGCCUGUGAUACAGCUUCUUUAUUGAGCAUGCAAAGUGGCAGAUCAAGAAUAUCUCAGCCUAGAAGUGUUUCAGGUCAGUCACAAAUUCCUGUAGCCCCUAUCUCCAAUAUGCCGGCAGGACCCGGUGAUGCCAUUUCCAUGGCAAGUAUACAGAACUGGAUUGCAAACGUAGUUAGUGAAACCAUAGCACAAAAGCAAAAUGAAAUAAUGAUGAUGUCUCGUGCUUCUUCAGCACUGAGUAUGAGAUCUGGAGAUUUGGGCAGAAAUGCAGAUGAUGAUAAAUCUUCAUUGCUUGGUGGAACUAGUGGAUCUUGUAUAUCUAGUUCUGUAUUUAAAAACCGUGACUUUGGAGGUACAGACUCAAAUUCAGUAAUGUCAAACAACACAUCAAUGAGUCAAAAUACAGAUGUCACCGGUGCAAAGAGAAAAAUUACAACAACAAGUAAACCGCUUUAUGGGCUUUAUGUAGAUGACAUUGAUUUGAAGAAGCUCAACCAAAAAGAAAUUGAGAUAAGAGAGGAGUUAAGUGAAAAAAUGUCUCAGUAUCAGAAAGAAAAAGUUAUUGCCAUUAAUAAGCGUAGUGGUCUGUUUAAGAAGAAGAAAGCAAAAGAUAAUGAAGAUGAAGAAGAAAAUGAUGGUUUGAUGAAUACUUUAUUAAAAGAGCCGGCUUAUAAACCAUCUUUGAAUCGAGACUGGAGCAAAUCUGAAACAGUUUCCCAUCCACGUUAUUCAGCAUGUACCAGUAAAACUAGUCUAGAGAUAGAGAACAAUGUUAGUAAAUGGCUUAGUGGUGUGCAAACAGAUGGAAAAGCAGUGUCUCAAAGUGAAAAAACUUCUGAAAGAUACAUAACAAGGUCCAAACUCCAGAGACAACAGGAGCCUGAAACAAAUGGUUAUUCUUUUUCCAAAACAGUUGUAGAACCAGACACCAGUUCCUCGUGUUCUUAUCAAAGAAACAGAUCAACAUCUAGAUUGUCAAUGUCAUCCACAGAGGAGGAUAAGAGUUUCUAUGCUAAAAAUAAAAAAACGUGUGAGUUUCAAAAUUUUAGUGAAAACUCAGUGGAGACCAGUAGAUUGGAAAAUGCUGAUUCAAUGAACACUAGACAAGCUAGAACAAAUUAUUACAAGGAUCCCACAGAGUCUGAUAAUUCAGAUACAUCUGAUAUUAGUGCAAAGAGAAAAUUGAACUUUGAGAAGUUUGAAGAUGAUGAGAUCAAAGAUGAAACUAGUGAUCAGGAAACCAAAGGUUACAUUGGUCGUAGGUCUCAAUAUAGGAGGCGCAAAGAGGAAGAAAAUAAUGAUGAGGAUGAUGAUGAUGACAUAAUUGCCGCAUGGAGGAAACGGCAGGAGGAAACCAAGACGAGACUCCGGAGAUAUAAGGAAGAAGAUUAAAAGAUGGUUUAUUAAAAAUCAGUUUGAGAAUAUAAGUUCAAAUUAAAAUAUAUAAAUUCUUCCUUGCAAAAUAAUAUUUACAGAUUCAUAUAAACGCACUGAAUACUCUUUUAGGACACCAGUUUAAAAUGUUUAAUUUGGUUGUUUAUGGCCAUUCUUUGUGGAAAUAACAGUUCUGGAAAUGUUUGUAUAAUUUGCAAGUCAAUUCAACUAAACUGACCUUAAUGUAUGUACUAUUGUUAUUUGGGCCAAACUGCAGAUCCCAAUGUGUAUUUCAAAUGUAUGAUUUUACUAAUAUCCAAAUUUGCUACUAUGUUUUUUUUCUUUCAAAUUAUGUAAAAUUAAAAACAAUCUUAUUGCCUUUAUUGGAAAAAAUAUGUAUUUUAGAAACAUUUUCCAUGAUUUUGGUAACAUAAAUAUGUGAUUAGAUUUAUAAACAAAAAAAGUAUUAAAAUAUAUUUUCAAUUG